AUGACCACGCCAGAGAAACCUCGGCGACGGUUUGUUCCAGAGCCCAUUGAGACUACCUUUUCGACAAGCCGAUCAAGCAAAAAGACAAAUGACCAAAACACAAUGCGACCCAAUCCAGAACCGACACCGGAGCCUUCUCCUCGCUCGCCAUCCCCUGGCCUUCACGAACUGCACCAGCAGCCUCGACCCAAACGACGCUUCGCUCCCCAGUUGAUUGAGUCUUCUCGUAGAAGUCGCAGAGUUGGAGAUGCAGGCCCCGCGACCAAGCCCUCAGACAAGACCGACAUUACCCCCUACACAAAAAACAUUUACACCGCCACAAAACAUCGCGGAAGGAGACGAGAUGAUGCCCACGAUUCCCCCUCCAACGGCCCCAGACGUCGCGAGUCCGAAGACGAAAAUGUCGUUCAAUUUCUCCUCGAGAUUGCCGCAAAGGAGGCAGAGCGCCAGAUGCAGGAAGCUGCUAUGUCUGCUUUCCCCAACAGCCACGUGCGCGAAGGAAAUGUAGACCAUUUCUACUUCCGCGAGAGUUCAGGAAGUGAUCAGUCCCCCGAGAGCACUUCUCCUGUGCACGAGCACCAUAACCACUCAGGCAAACACCACAAGGUGCGGCGGCAGUCGUCCGAUAGCAAUCUCGGCUGGUGGCACAAGCACAUGCAAGAGCAUGCCGAGUCCAAGCAGGAACAGCAACAUGAAGAUGCUAUGGCUAUCGAUGAGAAGCCUGGCGAGAUGGACGUUGUGGUCGAAGAGCCAGAAAUACCGACAAUUAAGAAAGACGAGGAUACUAUAAUGCAAAACGACAGAACCGACACAGCGGAACUUGACAUGAUGGACCUCGAACUUCCCCCGGAUCCGGUGUGGACCACCUCCAAUACGCCCCGUGAUAGUCCUAGCAAGCGUUCAUCGAUUGGAGUUAGUGGUCCAAUUGGAGAGACGCAUAUGCCGCUGCUUGACACUGAGUCGUAUCUGACAGCCGAGCAACGCAACAAGGCCGCGUCGCCGGCACCUGCAGCAUCCCGGCAUAUUGGUGAAUCUACCAUGCCCUUCAUCCCAUCGGCCCCGGCCGUCGGAUCUGCGGAUACUCCCUUUGGCAAAUCUUCUCAAAUACCCCCAGACACCGGCGGUUUUGCUUCGCGCAGCGCAGCCAGGCCCUUUGGACGACCCUUUGGAGGCUACGGACGUGCAUCGCCUGCUCCAUUAUCACAGAAGAAGCGUUUCGGUGUCACUCCACCAAUGCUCGGCAAAGAUCUCGUUUUCCGAAAGUGUCCCUCUCCCAAGCAGACCAAGCUUGAGCCCGAUCACGCAUUUGCAGAACGACAUAGGGAAGAGAAGUUCCGGGACGUUUCGGAGCAGAAUGGUCUCUGGCGAGGUUAUUGCUUCAGAUCAGACUCGAACGAUCCGUACCUUGUGCCAGCAGACCUGCAUGCCCCACCAAUGUUGGCUACGCCUAGACCGGUGGUCACACCCGGUGAUGCCUCGCAUAUUAGCUCUCCGCCUUUUACAGACGAGCCUGUCUCCAUUAACGGCACAACCAAUGGCCAAGUGAAUGGUACUGCAGACAGCCGGGCACGGGCCGGUCCUCCCAAGGGGCUCCACAUGUUGCAUGGUAUCAAUGAGCGUCUACAGAAAGAAAAGGCACAUGCCGAGCGAGAAGACAAGAUUGAACACGAGUUUGACGACAGCUUCGUUACUCAAGUGUACAACUACCUGUCUCUAGGUUACCCGGCUAUGGCUCGCGCUUUUGAUGGCGAGCUCUCGCGAAUUAGUCUUAUGAGCAUUGAUGACCUCGAGAAGGAUGAUGAAAAGCAACUUGCUCAAGGUCACCUUGUUGAGUCCGAGGAGGACAAGCCUCGCGACCAGAGAUGCCCCAGAUGGCAUGCUCUUCAGUCUUAUAUCAAGGAGUGGGCCAGACAGCACCCCAAUCUAGACAGCAUGGAUCCUGUUGGAUGGGGUGUUCGAGAACGACGAGGCAGCUGGGCUGUUUAA